AUGGCUGACUUGCCUUGUUCACAUUGUCAACUUUUCGGCAAACCUUUAGCACGAAUCAAUUUUAUAAUUAUCGCGGGUUCACCAGACAGUAUGGUGUAUCAACGAGUCAAACAUCUUAUCAGAGAUUAUUCAGGAAUAAAUUCGCCAGCUCGGGAUACCAAUUACACCAAUUAUGAUUCUUUGAUGAAUAUCAGUGAUCAGGUGUUCAAUCGUCAAACCCAAGAAGAAGUUGUCGAUGCAUCUAAAUCACUCUCCACAGAGAAAUGUUGCCAUGGAUUCGAAGUUUUUCCGAUUGGUAUAAAUGAUGUAUCGGAUUCUGCUCAAUUACAAAUAUUUAAAAAAGAUAUUCUGAAUUUACUUGAACUAAAAGCUGACGAAGACGUACAAACUAAAGAUAAAAUAGCUGAACCUGCCAGUUGGAUUAUGAUGAGUGGAUCUAACACAUUACUUGUAGAAGAAAACGAGGAAUUAACAGAUAAAAAGUUGCAAGACUUAUUAGAAGACCUCUUCCGAAAUCAAACAUCCCAAUACCGCGCUAUUCAUGCUGGACUUCGUUCAAAUAUGUCCAAAUUACUACAACCUCGCCGUCGAACAGUACGUGACAUACGUGCUGUAAGAGGUAAUUUGCAGAAAGACUAUCAGCGUACUGCUAGUGAGCUAUUAAAACUGCUUCUUAGUAAUCUACGAGAAUCCCGCACAGCUGAAGAUACUGUUCGUCGGGUAGUUCGGUUGGUGCUCGAUGAAUGCGAACUUAUGAGUGUAGAAGAAAAACGACCUUACGUUCGACAAUUAAUGUGUGGUGUUCGAUCCACUGAUCCUAAAAAUUCCAAUACAACCACGGCACAAAUGAUUCAUUAUGCUCUUCGAUUACUUGAAAACUAUCAAAAUGCGUCAGUACCACUUAUAUAUUCGAUCACUCUGACUAUUUGUCGAUUAAGUUGUCAUUUUAUUUUUCGUCAUGAAUUAUUUAAUAAUACACCUGAAAUAUACACAUUGUCUAUGUUGCUUGUUACUCAACGGCACUAUGCUCUUACUAUAGGUGGUCUCCGACUAUGUUCAAUGAUUUUGGAUGCUGAUCUAAAUGAACAUAAAUAUGCUAUUGCUUACUUAAAACAUGAUCAAUUAGCUGCAAGAAAAAUCUUAGAUGCAAUUAAAUGGCUUCUGUCACCUUAUACUCACCUAAAAUCUCUCUGGAAACAAAAAUCGAAGCACGAACAAGAUUCUGAAUUGACUACGGAAGAUUCACCAAUAGAAAUUGCAGAAGGACAGUGUUUCAGACAUGCUGGCAUCUUACUUGAACGAGCCUAUAUGCGGCGUCUUGCCUCUCUAUUUUAUGGUGCAGCCGACCAUUGUCUACAAGUGACAGAAGAUGACAUACAUAAAAUUGCUGAAACGAUUGAUGUCUUGGCUAAUCCUCGCAUGACUCGUUGGUUUCGACCAACAAGUGGAUCUUAUUUGACUAAGGAGAAUACCUAUGAUCAAGAAGAUAUAAUCAGUCAAUUACAAAACGUAUCUCCUCAUGGCAUUACUGUCAAACAAGCCGAACAAUGUAUUCGAGAAAUAUAUCGAAGACGAACAACAUUUGACGAUCAUGAUAUGCGAAAGUCUAUUUGUGGAUCACUGAAACAUCUUGGCUCUGAUCUUUACAGCUCAUCAGUACAUUUUCUUCAUGAAUUGAUUCAAAAUGCUGAAGAUAAUAUUUAUGAUUGUGCUAUUGUCCCAUGUUUACGUAUUGAACUUAAUCAUGAUUAUAUUCUUUUGUCCAAUAAUGAACAAGGCCUUCGAGCAACAGAUGUUUUAGCUAUUUUUAGUUUGGCUGUUAGUACGAAAACCAUCGAACAAAAGCAUAUUGGUGAAAAAGGUGUUGGAUUCAAAUCAGUCUUUGCUGCUUCUGAUCAACCGAUGCUGAUUUCACACGCUUGGAAAUUUUAUUUCAAGGUACCAGGUGUUGAUGCUAUGUCCUACAUUACUCCAUUAUGGGUCGAGAAUAUCCCCGAAUGUAUUUCUAGUCAGAUUUCUACUAAUAGUCGAAGUACCCAUCUCUAUUUACCACUUAAAUUGCAAGCGCAUACACCAGCUACUAAUCAGUUUCUUAAUGAUGUAGCUAGAGCGGUAGAUUCUUGUAUUUUACUCAAUAUGAGACAACUAAAAAAACUUGAAAUCGUAGAUCGACGAGAAGAGAAAGUUAUCAUCAUUGAAAAACAAGUCAUUGGUCCAACAAAAUUAGACAUACAACCCAAUGUGAUAUUUGAAAAUUGUAAUUUUAUGAACUUAACUGGAUCGAUUAAUCAACUAUGUACCUUAACAGGCUAUAAUACUUUUCGAGUGUAUGCAUGUAAUAUAGAUGUACCAAGUUCAAUUGAACAACGACGAACUCCAACAACAUCACUUAUUAUGGCAUUUCCUUGUAAAAAGGAUUAUUGUUUGACAAGAAAUGUGUACACUGGUUUGCCGGUUUGCGAUCUUGGAUUCAAUUUCAUGUUCAAUGCUGAUUUUCACUUGGUCACAAGUCGAGAAAAUGUUCGUGAAAAUGUUCAAUUUAAUACUUAUCUUCGUGAUAAUCUAGCAGUUCUUUUCGUUUAUCUGAUACAAAAUGAUCCCGAUUUGAGAAAAGAUAUUGGUCGAUACUGCCCAUCAUCCGAUACUCAUCAAAUCAAACAUUCGUCCUGGUGGCUCAUUAUGAUAGAUCGUAUCAAUGCACUAAUUACUAAAUAUCUUUCGGUACUAUUUGAUAUUAAAACAGGGAAGCUGAUUCGUCAUGUCAAUUCAGAAUUAACUUCGCUGAUAUCUAAUGAACAGUUAUAUAAUUGUGCCAAUAUUCAAGUAAUCGAUUCCAGCGAUGGUUUCUUGACACAGGAACGCUUAAAGUCAUUUCAAAUUCAAUCAGUUUCUAUCAAAGAUGUGCUUGAGUGUUUUCCAAAUUGUGAUGAUCCAACGAAUGAAUUCCGUCAUGAGUUUCGAUUAUGGACACAAAAACAAGAUGAACGUUGGUGGGCUCAAUUCUUUCAUCAUCUAUCGAAAGCUAUGACACCAGAAAUAUCAGCUACAAUGUUAUUGAAACCAAUAUUUAUCCUUCAAUAUGAUUCCAAAAGACAAUAUUUGCCAAGAAUGAAUGAUACGUUUUUACUUCUUUUUAUAAAUGAUGAUCCAUCCAUUCGAAUGUGGAAACGGCAAAUAACUCUUCUACGAUGUACAUCGCAAUAUGAAAGAAAUGCCCUUCUUAAUUCAAAUAGAGCACAACUUUUGACAGAAAAACGAUUGAUUGAAAUUAUUCUUCAUCAUCAUUUACAGCUAGCUCGCUCAUCGAAAAUAAUCUCUGUGGACACAGAACUUAUCAAUGAAUUGUGGCAAGAUUUAUUUUAUUUACGAUCUCGUCUUGAUAAAUUUGACAAAUCAACUCCACUUCUAGUGCCUAUCAAUAGAACAUUGAGUAUUACCUUGAUUCAGAAUACAAUUUUACCGACGCUAUUCGGUGUAGAUAUUCGAUCAUUCAUACCAUCAGUAACAUCACCUUUUAUUCAUCAUCCUUACUAUGACAUACAUGAGAGCCAUCUAAUAAAUCAUCUUCAAUGGGAAUAUUUUUUUCUUGAAAUGAAUUGUCAUCGACCAUCUAUUCAACUUCCUAAAGAUUAUACAGUCGACCAAUUACCUCUGUUACCGUCGUUUACUAUGCUGACAGAUGAGAAAUGGACUCGAUUGAGUGAAUCAAUCCUCUUGGCUCAAACACAAACCACUCAAGAAUGUCUUCGUCAGUUUCCUAUUGUAAGUGAGUCCAAUACUGAACAACAGAUCAGUCCAAUAUCAGCUACUUUUGAUAAAACUAUGGUUACUGAUUUACCAUCAUUACCUCAGAUUAUUGUUCCAUCCUACUGCCGUUCAUUAGCUAGCAAAUUCGGUGUUUGUGCUGAGACAUUUACAAUUAAACGUCCGCCACCAAUAUGA